UUCUUUCUUUACUCAAUCUUCUUCAUUUUCUUUAACACACCCUCUUAAAAACUAACCUCUUUUCUUCACCUUCUAAUCUAAAACCAUGAACCCUUCCACUUGGUUUUCUAUUCUCUUCAUUGCUUUCUUCUUAUUCCCAACACCCAUUUCCUCUAGACACAUUUCACAACGAAACUCACAUCAUGGCCACCACCGCAAGAUGGCGACAACCACGGUGAAAGAGAAAUUGUACUCGCCGGAAAAGAAGGCAGUGAUAGGGAGAAAAGGGGCGGACACAGUUGAAGUAGCGGGGUCGAGCUUGCCGGAUUGUUCACAUGCGUGUGGCUCGUGCUCGCCGUGUAGAUUAGUGAUGAUAAGCUUUGUGUGUGCUUCACUUCAAGAGGCUGAAACAUGUCCAAUGGCUUAUAGAUGCAUGUGCAAUAACAAGUCCUAUCCUAUUCCUUGAUAUAAAGUCUUAACUUCAACUCUUAGGAAGAUCGAUCAAUUUUACACUGUUGGAUGUCGAAGGGAGAAAAAAAAAAAAAAACUAAAAAUUAUAAUUUCAUCGUAUUUCCAAUGAUUUAGAGGGUACUAACUACAAUGAGAGAGUCACAUUGUAUGUACAAAUAUAUCACUCUUGUUUUAGUUUGUUAUUCUUAUAGUUUUUUUCUUUCUUGACUUCUUUUUUGUGGGAGUUAGAGUUGUAACCACAGAUCGAGCUUUUUAGCAACAUUUUGACAUAACUUAGAUACAUUUAUCAA